CCUCUGUUGUUCCUGAAAGUUGGAUGAGUAAUGUGUAUGAUAUCGAUGAUUAUGAGGAAGAUAUGGAUGAUGUUGAACAUGAGGUGAUGUUGAUAAGAAGAAUGCAGGUAGACGACGGUGAAAGUGACGAAUUAAAAGGUCUAUGUAACAGAUUAGUUAACGGCGCAAAGAACGCGAGUUCUGUGAAGAUUAAAGAAAUUGAACCAAUAGCUGAAGAAGAAUUACUAAAAAGCUAUUGUGGGAAUGUAGUAUAUUGGAAUAACUCACAUGAAUGUAAAGACGAAAUGAUCAAGACACAAAUGCCUGAAGUAAUCAUGCGAUUAACAAAAGAUAGAAUGAACACUUUAGAUAUUAAUAAUAAAAUUUCUAAUCAAGACCGGAUGUAUUUAGAAACCU